GCGCGGGCACACCUCCACAUCCCUCCGGCGCCACUGCCUCAGCGCUGCUCGCCUCUGCUCAGCCCUGCCCUCUGCACGCCCGUGGGGACAUGGCACACGCGCCGGCACGCUGCCCCAGCGCCCGGGGCUCCGGGGAUGGUGAGAUGGGCAAGCCCAGGAAGGUGGCGCUCAUCACUGGCAUCACCGGCCAGGAUGGUUCGUACUUGGCUGAGUUCCUGCUAGAGAAAGGCUAUGAGGUUCAUGGAAUUGUCCGGCGAUCCAGUUCAUUCAAUACAGGUCGAAUUGAACAUCUGUAUAAGAAUCCCCAGGCUCAUAUUGAAGGAAACAUGAAGUUGCACUAUGGCGAUCUCACCGACAGUACCUGCCUUGUGAAGAUUAUUAAUGAAGUCAAGCCUACAGAGAUCUACAACCUUGGAGCCCAGAGCCAUGUCAAACUCUGCUUUCUGUGGAAUGUUUCUGUAACCUGCGCUACAGGAGGGUCUCUGAAGAGGGGUUUCACCUUUACUGCUGCCAGUGCUCUACAGAUUUCUUUUGACCUGGCUGAAUAUACUGCAGAUGUUGAUGGGGUUGGCACUUUACGGCUUCUGGAUGCAGUUAAGACCUGUGGCCUUAUCAACUCUGUGAAGUUCUACCAAGCCUCCACAAGUGAACUUUAUGGGAAAGUGCAAGAAAUACCCCAGAAGGAGACCACUCCCUUUUAUCCUCGGUCGCCAUACGGAGCAGCAAAACUCUAUGCUUACUGGAUUGUGGUGAACUUCCGUGAGGCAUAUAAUCUCUUUGCAGUGAAUGGCAUUCUCUUCAAUCAUGAGAGUCCGAGGAGAGGAGCUAAUUUUGUUACUCGAAAAAUUAGCCGGUCAGUAGCUAAGAUUUACCUUGGACAACUGGAGUGUUUCAGUUUGGGAAAUCUGGAUGCCAAACGAGAUUGGGGCCAUGCCAAGGACUAUGUAGAGGCUAUGUGGCUGAUGUUGCAGAAUGAUGAGCCAGAGGAUUUUGUCAUAGCUACUGGAGAAGUCCAUAGUGUCCGGGAAUUUGUAGAGAAAUCAUUUUUGCACGUUGGGAAAACCAUUAUGUGGGAAGGAGAGAAUGAAAAUGAAGUGGGCAGAUGUAAAGAGACCGGCAAAGUUCACGUGACUGUGGAUCUCAAAUACUACCGACCAACGGAAGUGCAUUUUAGGAAAUGGCAUGAGGGACACAUUCUCAGGCCAAAGGACUUUCUGCAAGGAGACUGCAGCAAAGCGAAACAGAAGCUGAACUGGAAACCUCGGGUCGCUUUUGAUGAGCUGGUUCGGGAAAUGGUGGACGCCGACGUGGAGCUCAUGAGGAACAACCCCAAUGCCUGAGCGGGGCCGCUGAGCCCUGAGCCGCCCCAUUGGCCUUGCUCCCUGCGCAGAACCAGCGGGUUCGGGGUCGCAGGCGUAUUCCUGGGAGGGGCGAGGGGCACGCCCUUCCGACAGUUGCCGGCGACUCUCGUCACCAUUGCUCCGUAGUCCCGCCGGCAGGUUUGCAACAGCUGGGACGUGGCAUUACGGGUUCGGCCCACUUUCCUUUUGUCGAGGACUCUUCUGAGUGAUUUUGUGAAAUCAACGAGAUGUUUUAAUCACAUGUUCACUUUACUUGAAAGUAUGUCAUUAGACAACUGAAAUUGUGAGGCUUUCAAAUGAUUUUUCUCUUUUAUUAAAAAAUGGCCUUUCUGUGCACCAGCAGUAA